AUGGCGCUCCGAGACGAUGAGGAGGAGCUCCACAUGGUCCACGUCGACGACCAAGACCACAAGGCUGUCAUCGGCAUCCUCUACGAGAUCGGCAACCGCGACCCUUUCUACGACCAGCUGACGGAGAAGCUACGCGAGCUCAAGACGACGCCCACCGUGGCGGACGGCAUGGUGGAGCUCAAGUCGCCGCAGAAGCGGACGGGGAGCUACUUUCGGUACAUGGGGUCGCUCACCACGCCGCCGUGCACGGAGAACGUGGUGUGGAACAUCCUGGGCAAAGGCAGGGAGCUGAGCCAGGAGCAGCGGCAGCUCAGCACCACGCCGCUGCCUCACCAGGACAAUAGGCCGCCGCAUCCGCUCAAUGGCCACCCCGUCGCCUUCUACAACCCGCCAAAAAACACCAUCUCCAUCCAAUCCCUGGUACAAUAA